AUGCUACUGGAAUCUUCUACUAAUAUUGAUGAAAAGGAUACAUGUAAAAAGGCUUUAUUGAAUCUUAUAGAUGAUACCAGCAAGGUGUCUACAUACUUAGAUGAAGUUAUUGGGUUUGUUAAAACUAAUCUAACACAAUAUGAAAAAGGGCUUGAUAUUUUACAAACCAAAAAUCUAAUAUUUUUGGAUUAUAUAUCCAACCUGACUUAUAUCUUACACAAAAAAAUUUCAGGAAAAACAAUCAAAGAUGAUAAAUCAGUAAAACAAUUAAUAGAAUCAAGAGUGUUUUUAGAAAAAAUAACGAUGAUGGAACGAAAACUGAAAGAGACGAUACAGAAACAGUUAAAAAUGACUCAAUCCUUCGAGAAUCUAAACGUGACCGAAAAUAUGCCGAGUAUUCUAACAUUAAGGCCUAACAUCGCUAAUAUGAUCGACGAUGAUGCCGAUGAAGCAUCAGAAAUUGACUCGUCUAACGAAACUGCCCAUAAUGGUGUAUCUAUCUCUCAACCUGAUUCCUUUCCCAUAUCCAAAUCACGUGAACAAGGAAGUGACCAAAAAUAUAGGCCGCCUAAAAUUAUGUCUGUCCCUUACCAAGAUGGCAUAGUUGGCAGUAAAUUUCGCCAAACUAUUUCGGACGAUGAUUCAUAUGACCGUUCUGAUGAUAGUGAUGCUGGAGACUAUCCUAAAAAGACAAGAAAACUAAAAAAUGGCGAUGAAUCGAAUUUUGAAAGAAACCAAAUGGCAACUUCUAUCGAUUUCAACAAUGAAAUGUUACCAUCUAAAUUGAGCAAAAGACAAAAGAUUGUGGCCAAAUCUAAGAAAAGGGCACUGAGAAGUGGGUUGCUAGACGAACUGAGACAGCAAUAUGGGGACCGACCAGAGGAAUAUAAGGAACGUCCCGAUUUUGCUAGGAAGAUGAUUCAGAAAGAAAUGGAUGACAGAAAUAGAUAUGAAGAAGAUUACAUGGUUCGGCUAAAUUUGACCAAGAAAGAUAAACAUAAAAUGAAACUAUUGAGAAAUACAUCAGGGGCUCUUAAUGAUAUAACCGACUUCAAGGAUUAUAGGGAUCUAAUGGUCGAAGCGGCCGAAGAAGAGAAUACAAAAGCAAAAUCAAAACGGAGAAAUGUGAAAUUCGUCAAAAAGACAAAAAAAUGGACUAAAAGCAAAGGCAGAAAGAAAAAAUUCUGAGGAGGAAAGCACUCGUUAAACUCUAACUUCCUUUUAUCUCGAUAUGGAUGCUUACAGCACAUUUGAAUAUUUUUAUAACUCAAAUUUACGAUUAUUAAAGAAAUUUUUGUAUAACAUGUCUUGAAAAUAAAGAAUUCAUAUAUUCGCGAAUACAGUUAAACCUCCGAGGCUGAUCACCUAAUUAUUUUGACCUCUAGAGACCCUCCCUUCUCCCUCUAAAGGUAUAUAAUAUGACCAGAAAUGGGUUUCAUUAUAUAAAAUAUUAGAUCUCAUAAUUUAUACUUGAAUCUCGACAAAUACAAAUGAUUGAAUUAGAUUUCUGUGAUAUCUA